GUUUUUUUGUCCCUGUCUAUAGUAUUAAAAUAAUUGAAGGAGUUGGUUGCAAUUUGCUAAUAUAAGAGAUCAAGAAUUUGGAGGAAGAAGAGAUGAAGAGGAAAAGAUCAGAGAUGGAAAAAGGGUCAGAGAUAAAGUCUGCCAUUGAAGAGGUUCCCAUGUUUGGAAAACUCAAGCUUGGUGAUGAUGAUCCUGGUUCUGCACAUGUACCCACCAAGUCUUUUCUCCAUCUUUGCAAAGUGAUUCUUAAUGUUCUUGAUAAGAUAGGUCCAACAAUGGUGGUUCUUAGACAAGACGUUCAUCAAAACAUUGAGAGGUUGGAGAUGCUUUGGGAAUCUGAUCCUUCAAAGUACUCAAAUUUGGUGGAGAUAUUGAAGAAAGAAAAAACUGAAGGCAAUGCAAAAAAGGGCACCAGUUGCAGCAGAGCCUUCCUCUGGCUCACCAGAUCAUUGGACUUUUCAGUGGCUUUAUUACAAAAAUUGGCCAAAGAUCCUGAGCAGAACAUGGAGAAAGCAGUAGAAGAAUCCUAUGAGACUGCUUUGAAACCUUGUCAUGGAUGGAUUUCAUCAGCUGCUUUUAAGAUCGCUUUAAAAUUAUUACCAGAUGGUAAAGACUUCAUUGUUCUUCUCAAAGGGAAAGAUGAAAGCUAUGACACCCUCAAAGGUGAUAUGGAGUCCUUGGUUACAUUGCUCGCGCCUAUUCUAGAAGUGAUCCACUCAAUUCUUAGAUUUUAUAACUUGGAUAAGUUAAAAUCUAUCUAAGAUAGGUCACGUUCAGAAGAAAGCAAGAACAGCCCAUGUGAAGCUUGCCUUAUUCAUAGCAGAGUCCUCUCCCACAGUUUUGUUCAUAUAUAAAUAUGUAAAUAGUUUUGACUUUGUAAGCAGAAGCUGAUGUAAUACAAACCUUACACAUAU